AUGAGAGGACUAAUUGUGUCCGCGGCUUUCGUGAUUCCGUCGAUGAUCCUUGGCGCCUAUCAAUGUUUUGCAUAUCGACACUGGCUCUUGUUGAGGAAUGACAGCUUUUUGAAUACUCGUGUCAGCUAUAUUGGGCAUGGCUGUUUAUCUGAUUCCGACGGCUAUUCUCACGAUUUGGCACUGCUUUCACAUUCUCAACGACAAGAGCUCCUACAUGAGCAAAAAACAAUCAGUUUACAUCGGAAAUAUCUCUACACAUUGACGCAAGGGAUUUUGGUUCCAAUCACAACGAUCGCCAUUCCUUUGAUCAUAUUGCUCAAAACAGCGGCAGGUUGCCAAUCACAGGCUGAAAGCGAGAAGCCAAUUGUAGUGGCUGUCGGGCACAUUUGUAUCCGGAAUUGUCUGAACAAUGAGGCUGGUAGUCCGAAGGAAACAUUUUCAUGCUACAACCAGACACAGUGCUCAACAGGACAGGUGUGUUGUACUGCAUUCGAAUUGCUAUCAAUUUUCUCUCCACCUUCCCAGCAACAACAAAACGGCACUUGUCAGCCUUUUUUCUGCCCUUUUGGACAAAUUCCUCUG